UCGAAAGAGCACGAUCCAGAUCGUCUACAGCCUCGUCAAAACACAUUGCUUUAGCGCUCUAAAGUACUGUCUAGGCUUCCCUUUUAUUCCUUUCCUUCCGGUUUUUGUUAUAAAUUUGUGAAGCUUUGGUUAAAGAUAAAAAAUGGGUUGGAAAGCAGCCGAGAAGCUGAUCAGGCACUGGAAAAUUCUCAGGGGUGACAAUGUGAUGAUAAUCAGGGGUAAAGAUAAAGGUGAAACUGGCAUUAUCAAACGCGUUAUUCGCUCGCAGAAUCGCUUAAUUGUUGAAGGGAAGAAUCUGGUAAAAAAGCACAUCAAGCAAGGUCCAGGUCAUGAAGGUGGCAUAUUUACUGUUGAGGCUCCACUUCAUGCCUCAAAUGUUCAAGUUCUCGACCCUGUUACUGGGAAGCCUUGUAAGAUCGGAGUUAAAUAUUUAGAAGAUGGAACUAAGGUGAGAGUAUCAAGAGGUAUAGAUGCAUCUGGGUCUAUAAUUCCUCGCCCUGAGAUCUUAAAGAUAAGGACAACACCAAGACCUACAGUUGCUGGUGUCAAGGAUACUCCGAUGGAUCUUGUGUUGGAGAAGACAUACGAUCCUAAGACAGGGAAGGGCAUGCCUGACCUUUGAAGAACCUCUUGAUCUCAUAUGAGGCAUCAAACAUUUUGAGCAAAGAGUCUACAGAAGUACGGUCGAUGGAUCAGGCACAUUUGCUGCCAUCAAUGACUAAUAUUCUUACCAAGGUCAGCAUCUAGAAUGUAAUAUGGUUGGCAGAUGUUGCAAUUAAAAUUUUUGGGUUGUAUUUAAACGUCCAAAGUUAAACAUAUUAUGAAUCUAGUUUA